CCAACUGAAGUCCCAACAUCAUCAUGGCGGACACAGUUGAAGAGACCAAGAACUCCGUCUCCGGAGAGGGCCAGGCCAAUGCCAACGCAUCGCUAGGGGGAUCUGGCCAAGCAGAAAGCACGAGUAAGAAAACCGAGAAAAAGGCACCGAAGAAGUUGGGCAACAAGAAGCAACAGCAGCAACAGCCAACUCCUGAAGCCACGCCCGCCCCCGAUAGUGAAGCUGAAGGAGAGGCUGAGCAAGAGGACGCAGGACGAAAACAAACCUCCAACAACGCCGAUGCCGACGACUCGGAGCCCGAGCCCCAGCAAGAGAAGUCCAAGUCUCAAUCGAGGCGUCGCCAGUCUCGCGGCCGUGGACGACGAGGCGGUGACUCGGACUCUGAGUCUGUCGCCCGAUCCGACGUGUCUGCCUCCGGUGGCCGCCGCAACCGCCAGCGCCAAAAGAAGCAGCAGGGCGGCAAGGGAGGCGGCCCGCUCGACUCAAUCGGCGAGAACGUUCCUGGUGGAGAACUCGUUGGCGGUGCCACCGACAUGGUUCAAAACACGGCCGGCAACGCUGUCAACCAGGUCGGCAACACGGCUGGCAAGGCUCUGGGAGGCUUGACUGGUGGCGGUGGUGAGGAGGAAGGCGACAGCAAGGGCGAGCAGCUCCGGUUGCGCUUGGAGCUCAACCUGGACAUUGAGAUCCAGCUCAAGGCGAAGAUCCACGGUGACCUCACGCUUGGUUUGCUGUAAGUUUCCUACUGUCUACAACUGCACUGAGCGACGGCUGAUUUUAUGCAGCAACUAAAUGUUUCCGACGGAGGCUUGUCUCUGCUUUUCCUAUGUUGCACGAUUGGAUGAUCACUGAGCUUUUGCUUGUUCGUCUUGCCGGCGUUGGGAACACGGCGCUCACUAUGUAAUUACCCAUGUUUGCAUUUGCAUAGAAAAGCUAUGUAACCAUAAUGCCAACCUGUUGCGAAGCG